AUGAGCCUGGUUAAUUAUGAGUUAGCCCCUAGCUCAUUGCAAGAUGAGUCGACCCGACCUGAUAUAUGGUAUAUCUUAAUCAUUCCUGGCUUCGGAAUCGUUAGCCAUGUUAUUUCAGCCUUUGCUGGAAAGCCGAUUUUUGGUUAUCUUGGUAUGGUCUGCAAGGAAAGUUCAGUGGCUCCUAACUCCCAGUCCAGCGGGAAACGGAGCCUUCUAAAUACCUCAGCAGACCCAAACUGGGUUAGUGGCUUUGUAGAUGCGGAGGGUAGUUUGACUAUUAGAAUUCUAAAGGGUGCGAGCAAUGCCGUUGGCCAUUCUUGUGGGCUUGCAAUGAACAUCUAUGUGGAAAGCAAUCGGCAUUCUGUAGUAAAAAGGGUUAUCGGUUCUCGCCAAAGGGCAUCUAAAACUAACCCUGCUCCUUCUAAAGAGCUUAAUCCUUACUGGGUUACAGUGGAAGUACGGACUUCUUUCGAGAUUCUUUUGAAUUCUGAGGAUGUUCAUAGGAUUCAACCAUUCUUUGGAUUUGAACAAGAACAAGCAUCAUCUACUCAACCAGAUUAUAGGUCACUUCGAGCGAUACCCACUAGAGAAUAUGAAACAUCAGGACUUUAUAGCGUUUAG